AUAUCACAUCUAGAUAAACAUCUGCAAGUUUAUUCUGUAUGAAGCUUACUUUGACCUGGCAAGAGACACGCCGCACCGCCACUGUCCCACAGAAGUGUGGGUGAGUAAGGUCGAGGCGAUUAGUGUAGCCAUCACCAGACUUGAAGACGGACGCUUAGGAUGUUGUGCUGGUUGUUGAUGUGUGUGACUGCGUGUGUGGUGGGAGGAGCCAGGGGGCAGGUCCCGGACCCCCGCCCGGACCCAUCUCUAUAUAACGUUGGUGUUGGCAUACACGAUGCUACAGGUCCUGCUGCAGGAGUUAAUAUGAUGGGCUACGCCAACCCAGCACAAAUCAACAGUGGGAUCCACAUGAGGCUGUUCUCUCGAGCAUUCAUCAUCGACGACACUCAGAGACGUGUGGUCUUCGUUAGCCUCGACUGUGGUAUGAUGGCUUCUAUUAUCAAGAUAAAGGUGAUGGAGAGACUGCAGCAGGAGUAUGGAGAUUUGUAUAACAACAACAACGUGAUUCUCUCAGGCACGCACACACACUCCGGACCUGCAGGCUACCUUCAGUACCUGAUCUUCGAUAUUACGAGUCUAGGCUUCAUCCAGGAGACCCUAGACGCCAUGGUGGAAGGCGUCUUUAUGAGCAUCAAGCAGGCGCACGAUAGCAUGGUUCCUGGCUACAUGUACCUCACCAGCGGGGAGCUUCUCAACUCAUCCAUCAAUCGUUCACCCUCCAGCUAUCUCUACAACCCGCAGGAGGAGCGAGAUAAAUACCUUUACGACACUGACAAAACUAUGACCCUUCUUAAGAUAGUCGCCGAAGACGGCACGGACUUAGGGAUGGUGAACUGGUACGCAGUACACCCCACCUCCAUGAACUUCUCCAAUACACUGGUCUCAGGAGACAACAAGGGUUAUGCUUCCCAGCUUUUUGAGAAGACCAUGAAUCCUGGCUCACUGCCUGGUCAGGGAAAGUUCGUAGCGGCAUUUGCUCAGGCCAACUGUGGUGACGUGAGUCCUAACAUUCAAGGUCCCAGGUGCAUCGACACAGGAUUGCCCUGUGACCUGGUCUCCUCCACCUGCAAUGGUCGUGUUAAGAAUUGCAUUGCUUCAGGUCCAGGCAAGGACAUGACAGAAAGCACCAAGAUCAUUGGCAACAACCAGUUCCAGAAGGCGUGGGAACUGUACCAUGACUCCGAGGCCGUCAAGGUAUCUGGCCCCGUUCAGUUUGCUCAGCAGUUCAUCGAUAUAUCUAACUACACUGUGUACUUCAACGACGGGUCCUCAGCGACGACGUGUAUACCAGCACUGGGGUACAGUUUCGCGGCGGGCACUACGGAUGGUCCUGGUGCUUUCGACUUUACCCAGGGCAUGACGGACGGCAACCCAUUUUGGAACAUGAUUAGCGGUCUCCUGCACACACCCUCGCCAGAACAGGUCGCCUGCCAUGCCCCUAAACCCAUCCUCCUCGACACUGGCAUGUUAAAUAUGCCAUACGCGUGGCACCCCAGGAUCGUGGACACACAGUUGGGUCGCGUGGGCCAGCUGGUCAUCUCGGCUGUACCAGGAGAAUUUACUACCAUGUGUGGUCGCCGCUUCAGAGACCAGGUGGCUGCUACAUUCGCAGCUGGUGGUAUAGAGGGCAUGGUGCCAGUGAUAGCUGGGUUAAGCAACAUAUACACCCACUAUAUAACCACCUGGGAGGAGUACCAAGCUCAGCGCUACGAGGCUGCUUCUACCAUCUAUGGUCCCCACACCUGCAGCGCCUACAUGCAGCAGUACUCCUACCUCGCCUCAGCUAUAAUCAACGGAGAAACUCCUCCAGCUGGUCCAACACCUCCAGACAUGACCCCGUCCCUUAUCACUCUCAUGCCGGGGGUGAUGUUCGACGGUGUCUCCCCCGGCUCCUCCUUCGGUGAUGUCGUGGCUCAGCCUUACCCACUUGCCUAUAUCGGCGAGACCGUCACAGCUAAGUUUGUGUCUGGGCACCCGAGGAACGAUGUACAGCUGGGAGGAACCUUCCUCACCGUGGAACAACUGGAUGACAUGGGUGAAUGGAAGGUGAUUGCAACAGACGCAAGUUGGGAGACCAGGUUCAUCUGGGACAGAGUGUCCACACUGCUGGGGACGAGCGUAGCUACGGUUAAGUGGGACAUUCCUGAGGACACAGCUGAGGGAACCUACCGCAUCACACACACUGGACACCAUAGGACACUCUUUCGAGGUGUCUCGCAAUACCACGGUGUCACCGACCCCUUUAAGGUGGUGCAGGGGCCAGCUGAGGAGGCCGAGAAUAGGGUGGUGAGGCAAAGUCAACAUCGACUAUUCUGGUGGCAGAGGCUGUUCAGCUCAUAAAAAAUAAAAAAAACUCCACCCACUUCAUACCUAAUUUCACAACCUGUGGGUUUUUCUCCCAGCUUGGAGCGAAAUGGUAUAAAAUACCGACUCGACUCGAUACGAAGAGACAAAUGCAAUAUAAUGCGAUCCUUUAUUAACGUUUCGCUCACACAACGACUUAAUAAACAGCUGGAGCUGGUUUCAGCAUGAUUAUAUUAUAUCAUACAUUAUAUUAUAUCAUGCUAUUAAAUGUGACUUAUCUA